AUGAGGCUUCGUUUUGUAAAGCUACCGGCCUUGGUGUUCCUGAAACCGCUGGGUAUAUUCAAUCCAUCCUGUUUCGCAUCCGUUAAAUUUGUGUUACUCAUCAUCAUGACAGUGGUUAUGUUAAUCGUUCCACAUUUGAUUCACCUGACCACUUCUAAAUCUACUUCGGAGAUGCUAUUUAGAGUGGCAGCGUUGCUGUUUGUGGUUAAUGCACUGUAUUCCAACGAUUUUCCUGUGAAAAUGGUGUUUAUUUUCAUCAUCAAUCUUGGAGCGAAAGUGCUAGCAAUUUCAAUCGUUGGGACCAAUCUGACCAAACUUUCAGAUAAAAUAACUACCGAGUUGUACAACUUGAGCUGGUAUGACGCUCCCGUGGACAUUCGGCGAUCAUUGUUGAUGGUUUUGAGACAAUCACAACAACGGAUCGGACUGACAGCUGGAAAAUUCGGAUACGUCGACAUGGAAAGCUUCUGGAAGAUUGUUCGAACGUCGGUUUCGUUUUAUUUGGUCAUCAAGAAUUUACAUGAAUAA